GCAGAGUUGCUAGUAGAGAUGCAGAAACAUCGAUGUUAUCGAUGUUUGCCAAUCAUCGGAACCAUCGAUGGUUUGUGAGCCACCAUCAAUGUUUCUUCACACAACUCUGGACUUAGUGGCAGCAAACAAAUAAAUUGUUUCUAGUCGUGGUGUUGGUUAAUGUGGAUGGAUGAAGGAUGGACAACUACCUGAAAAGAGCGGGAUCGUCAAAUUCUUUAGAGUUUGAGACAGAAGCAAAACGGAAAAGAGCGUUCGAUUGCUUGGGACCAUUUCAAAAAAGCACUGGCAUUUGCAACUACUGCGGUAAAUGGCUGAACACCAGUGCCAAUACCACAAACCUGCUUGACCAUCUCAAACAAAGCACUAUAGCCGCUGCAAAGUUAAAACAAGCACAGACAACUGAAAAGCCGCUAACAUUAAUACAGGAAGUAGCAACAAGAUGGAACAGAGCUUAUGAGAUGAUUAAAAGGUUGUUAAAGCUGAACGAAUGCGUUACUCUCUCCAGAAGCUGUGUGGAUUUAUAAAUAAAAAUUCACAUUUCAAUAAUACUAUCACAGAUCUCGAAUAA